CCUCCUUGCACACUCCUCCACAUCUGCCCCCUCCCCCCCUCACUCUCCUCUUCUUCCUCCUCCUCCUCUUCCUCGCGCGAGCAACUUGCAGAGUGCCGCUCAGCCUCGACCGCGCCGGGGGUCCCUGCAGAGGAGCGCCCGCCCGCCUCCAUGUGCGUGUCCGCUGCGUGCUGAGAUCGCGCCGGCCCCCCCUCUCCCUACCCCUAACCCUCCCACCGAACCGAACCGCCGAACCGAACCAUGUGCAACAACGACCCCUUCUACUCGUCCCCCUUCGGACCCUUCUACCGGAGACACUCGCCCUACAUGGUGCAGCCCGAGUACCGGAUCUAUGAGAUGAACAGGCGGCUCCAGACGCGCACCGAGGAAAGCGACAGUUUGUGGUGGGACGCCUUCGCCGCAGAAUUCUUCGAGGAGGACGCCACGCUCACACUGUCCUUCUGCCUAGAGGAUGGACCAAAGAGAUACACGAUUGGCCGGACGCUGAUCCCCCGCUACUUCAGCACGGUGUUCGAGGGCGGCGUCAGCGAGCUGCACUACAUCCUCAAGCACUCCAAGGAGUCCUUCCACAACUCGUGCAUCACGCUGGACUGCGACCAAUGCACCAUGGUCACCCAGCACGGCAAACCCAUGUUCACCAAGGUUUGCACGGAGGGCCGUCUGAUCGUGGAGUUCGCCUUCGACGACCUGAUGAGGAUUAAAACGUGGCACUUUACCAUCCGGCAGUACCGAGAGCUCAUUCCCCGCAGCAUAGUGGCCAUGCACGCACAAGACCCUCAAGUGCUGGAGCAACUGUCCAAAAACAUCACACGCAUGGGUUUGACCAACUUCACCCUCAACUACCUCAGGUUGUGUGUCAUCCUGGAGCCCAUGCAGGAGCUCAUGUCCCGACACAAGACGUACAACCUCAGCCCGCGCGACUGUCUCAAGACAUGCCUGUUCCAAAAGUGGCAGAGAAUGGUGGCGCCGCCAGCUGGACACCCGCAGAACUUCAAAACGGAAAUAUUCCCCACCAAUCACAAAAAAGGUCGCGCCAAAGCUGAGCCUGCCCGACAGACCACCACCAAGCGGAGGAAACGGAAGAACUCGGCCAGCAGCGCCAGCAGCAGCGUAGGCGCCGCCGCCGGCAAGAAGCGCAGCCCCGCCACCAACUUCAGCCUCUCCAGUCAGGUACCUGACGUGAUGGUGGUGGGCGAGCCCACGCUGAUGGGCGGCGAGUUCGGCGACGAGGACGAGCGCCUGAUCACCCGUCUGGAGAACACGCAGUACGACGCCACCAACGGCCUGGACGACGAGGACGACUUCACCGGCUCGCCGGCGCUGACCAACAACGGGCCGUGGAACGGCAAGGCGCCCAACGGCGGGCCUGACGGCAAAGCAGAAAACGCGGCGUCGCAGGCUUCGCAGUAGGAGCGGCGUAUAAGGAACAAAGCAAUAGCCACACAAGCUGGACAUUUUCAAAAUGUAUGUAAAUGUACAAAAUACAAAUUGCAAGGUGUGGACUUCUUUUUGGGCAAGAAAAGCUUUCGGUGGACUAUCGCCGCUGUGACUGGUGGACGUGGGUCACAUGACACCACACAGCAGAGCGGCAAGAAGGCAUUUUGUUGUUUUUGAAAGCACCAGCUGACGUUGUUUGAGGCCACCGCAGAGUCAGUCGUUCUCGUUGUUUUCUGUUUCAAAUUAGCGGGGAAUAACAGUCCCUUUGUUUUGGCUUUUAGGCAGCGCGGUGGAUGAGUGGGCAACACAUCCGCCUCACAGAUCAGAGGUUUGGGUUCAAAUCUCAGAUCUCGGCUUCCUCACACAUCCCAAAAAAAUGCAUGUUAGGUUAAGACUCUAAAUUGACCAUAGGUUUGAAUGUGAAUGGCUGUGUCUAUAUGUGCCCUGCGAUUGGCCGGGGACCAAUCCAGGGUGUACCCCGCCUCUUGCCCAAUGUCAGCUGGGAUAGGCUCCUACUCACUCUGUGACCCUCAUGAGGAUAAAAAGUAUCGAAAAUGGAUAUUUUGGUUCCCCCCCACUCGUUACCACCAUUUUCAUACAAAAGGUUUGGAUUGUGUUUCCCGCUCCGUGACUUUCUCUUCAAAAGAUUGGACUUUUCUCCCUUUAAUACUCCCAAACUGCAUGAUUUUUAUAGGGUUAUUAUUUUGGGGGUUAAUUUGAUAUAUGUGCUUUACUUUAAAAAACAAAACAAAAAAAAACCACAACAAUCUGAUUGUCCUCUAUCAGUUUGGGAAGGUUUGUAAAUAGAAGUCCGGUUUAUUUUGUCUAUUAGCCACAGGGAAGCAGUUUCUUUCCCGCAGCUGUUUUGUUUUCCACACAAGGUUCCAAAUUUCUCAAGGGGGGUCCUAAAUGUGCAAACCACCCCCCACCCCCCGACCUCGUUUAGCUAGUGCACAGCCAAAGCCACAAUACAACACGGUCGCAUUUCUUGUGUAUUUGGUGACGUAUAUGAACACGAAGCCACCCUGUAGAAGUGCUGCGCCGUCCCUUUAAUUGUGUUCACGAGACUUCUUGAUUUACAUUUCCUGCAAAAGUCAGGAUUUUUCUGUAUUUUUUUGCCCUGUGCCAAUGUUCUGCAAAAACAGCACCGACACGGUGUUUGGCGGUAGUAUCAGAGCCGUAACAGACAGGAAUGAGUUUCCACAAUGUCAGGAAAACUUCAAACACUCACUUCUCCGUCCGACUUGUGUUAAAAGCAAUUGUUGCUGUCUGACAAGCAUUUUUUUUAUACAUCACACCAUUUUUCCAAAGGUGGAGAAAUGAUGGUUCUUCUUUUAAGAAACUUUGAGGGAUCUCUGUGUGAAAAAGUGAAGCUAACCUUGUGAACCAGUAGCCCCUUUCACACUUCGUCCCAAAAGUGUAAUUUUCCCUUUUUUCCCCUGUGUCUCUGUUCUGUAGAAACAGCAGAACAAUGUAAUGACAUUAAAAUAGCAUUUUUUUGCCAUCAUUGUGGUUAAAAACACGGCCGCAACAGAGACGUGACAACAGCUGUGUCUGAAGGAAUUUUGGACACAUGGCAAUAUCCCGCCUUUGCUGGGUUUUGUGUGAAAAGGCAAAUGCAGAUGUGUAAUGGCACAUAUCUUUAUCAUCCAGGACAGGAAACCUGCGGCAAUUUCCGGCACUGUCUGAACACCAAAGGCGGAUAAAUGUGGAGUAAUCUGUUGAGGCUCCGAUGCUGAAAGUCUGCGGGAUCUCUGCAUGAACAAGAUGACAAUGAAGCUAACCUUGUGAACAAGUAGCCCCUUUCACACUGCCUGCCAAAAGCGGGAUUUUGACCUCCUUUUACCUAUCCCGCUGUUGUUACGGCACCAAAGCCGAAUGGGGGAGAAACUUGACAGAUCGCAGGAUUCCGCAAUUGCGACAUUGAUAUCGCGUUGUUGUUACAGCUCCGAUUCAGCUGUUUCGCAGGCUCUCCGUGUGAAUGGAGGCUUUUUGGUCGAACUUUCCCUGAGAAGACAAAAGGGCACACGUCUUCACUGCUUAUUUAUUUGAGCUUUUUUUUUUAAGGAACCAAAACACACAAAUUUCUGAAUAUGUUUGAGGCUAGUGUUAUUAGACACCGUUUGUACAUUAUAUAGCAGAGGUGUUCUGUGUCAUAUCUGAUGUCUGGUAUGUAUGCUUUACCAUUAACUUGUGCCAAUAAAACCGUGCUUACAAAUAA